AGGUUUUGUGAUCCGCAGUUAAAGAUAACGAAGAAGAAGCAGCCGCUAAAUGGAAACAGAAACAAGCUAUCAGCCGUUAUUGACAAGGUGACUCAAAGAAAGCAACUGAUCUCCUGGUGUUGACGGAGAAAGAACCAGACAGCCUGAUUCACCUGAGAGAGAUCAGAGAACAGGGUACAGAUGGCUGGGUUUUUGGAUAACUUCCGCUGGCCAGAGUGUGAAUGCAUUGACUGGGGGGAGCGGAGGAAUGCAGUGGCUUCCAUUGUCGCUGGCGUUCUGUUCUUCACAGGCUGGUGGAUCAUGAUUGACGCAGCAGUGACGUAUCCCUCACAGGAGCAGAUGAACCACGCCUUCCACACAUGUGGCGUUUUCUCCACCAUAGCGUUCUUCAUGAUCAACGCUGUUUCCAACGGCCAGGUGAGAGGAGACACAUAUGGAGAGGGCUGCCUUGGACGGACAGGUGCCCGUCUCUGGCUCUUUAUUGGUUUCAUGAUGAUGUUCGGCUCACUCAUCGCCUCCAUCUGGAUCCUGUUUGGUGGCUACGUCGUGCCAAAGAAAGAAGUGGCGCCAGGGCUGGCUGUGUUCUUUCAGAACGCCUUCAUCUUUUUUAGCACUCUGAUCUACAAGUUUGGCCGGACCGAAGAUUUAUGGGGUUAGAGGGUCUUGUCCGCCAUCACUCACUCAUACACACUUGUGUUUCUGUCUUUGUGAGGACAUGUACUGACAUACCUUUGCUCUCUCUAAUCCAGCUUUAAGGUGUCUUCACACCUUUGUUGGUUUGCUCUGGUCUCAGUCAGUCCGUGAGUUUAUAAACUUGGAGCGUUUUCCCCUUGGUUCAGUUUUAACUCGAUCACAUUAUCACUACAAAGUAUUAAAAACAUUCUCUGCUCUCAUUGGUCAGAAGUUUCUGGGGCAGGAACAAGAAAUACAAUAUUGAGUUCAGGGUGAGUGUAAAUGUCUGGUCAUCUGCUGCUGUUACUACACAAAGCUGCUGUUUCCCAUGAGGCAAAGCACAGUGGGGCUGAGGCUUAGAUGGAAAUAAGUCAGAUUUCCAAAACAGUUUGACAAACCUUUAGUUACAAAUUGUAACUCAUUUCUGGGUAAAUUAAGACUCAAACUGAAAACAUGACUGAAAUUAAUCAAAUCCAGGUACACUGUUGAAAAGAACAAAUCACCAUGUGCAUAUGAUGAAAAUGCCUAAAAGUGCUCAUGACUCCACCUUUCAUACUGAAACAAAAAAAAAAAAAGUUUAGUUCUGUUUUUUUUUUUUUUUUCCUUUUUUUUUUUUAGCUAAUAUGCAUUUUUGCCUUUCUCAAAGUAGUUUUACAACAUAAACAUUUACCACAACUUGAAGUUUACUCUUGAUAUAAUACACCAGUCCCCACUGACAGGUCAGGGCUCCAGACUAACUUUUUUCCUAGGAGUGCAGUGGCCCCUAGCUUAAAAUUUUAGGGGCGCACACCGAAAUCAACUUGCAAAGUAAAUAUUCACAUUUCCUAUCAUUUUCACUCUAUUACCGAUAAAUACUUGACAAUAAAUGCACAAACUGUAGUGUUUUCAAUUCACAUUUUAUUGUGCAGCAGUUGACACAACAUAGUAAACAGCUUAGUGGCCGCGCUAACCAAUACAGAUCAAGUAUAAACAUAUAGACAAGACAUACAACUUGUGCCUAAACUCCUUCAAAGUGUCGUGUUUUAAUUGUGUGGUGCCAGUAUCAUGAGCGAAUUUUGUGUUCCCCGCACGUUAUGGGUAUCGACAGCAGAAUGUGCAGUUCAUUGAAUUAGUUUCCUUGCAAUACCUCAGCCAGGUGAACUCACACAGCCACUCGUCUCGAAAACAGAAUUUCCUGGCUUUUUUUCGCCACGAGCGUUUCAUCACAAUCUGAGUCAGAAUCAUUUUCUGUAUUUGUCUCCUCAGGAACACAUGGCUUAUCGGGAAGAAAGUAAGGUCUGAUAGUCUUCUUCGAAAUAUUGUUUCCGAGAGUUAUGUGUUCAACCUGUGGAUUUGCGCAACAAGCCCAAGACCCGCCUGUUUUCACACAUAAGCUAAUCACUGUGGUCAUUAUGCCAGUCAUGAUAUCACGUUGGUUUUUGAACAUUAAGUACUACUGAAUAUAUCUCAUUAUCAUUAAAAAAUAAAAAUUUGAAAUGACGGGUAAUAAUAUGUUAUGACGGAAUUUUUACGACCCUGUCCAUCAAAAUGACGGACAAUAAAAAUGUCUAGCGCAACCUCUGAUUGAGAUGAAGUGUUCAGCCCCAGUUCACACCUGCCUCUGCACCAAGGGGAACAAUGAACCCAAGUCCAGGUCGUCCUCACAGCAACAGAAACACAUACUCACACAUACACACACACACACACAGUCUAUGAACAAGUUUUGUAAAUAACAGUCGGAACACUCACGUUUUAUAACCUGCAUCGCUUUUUAUAUAGAAGCCCAUCAGCACCACUUCCUACACCACACACACGGUGUCAUAUGAUGGCGUUCUCAUCAUUUUCCCAGUGCUGGAUCUAUGUUCUCACAUUUUAGAUUCAUUUCCAAACUGUCCUUCUAUACAACACUUGAAAGCAGCUGGAUUCUUCAAAUGAGGGAUUUUUAAAAAAUAUCUGAAUGAACUUCAGAGGUAGGUAGAUGUGUGUAAUAGUAUCUCCGCUGUAUGUUAAUGUCACUUGUGCAGUAAAAUCUGUCGAGGGUUAAUGCAGUGUAACGUCACUGUAGUGGGUCGUAAAUGGAAAUGGAUCAUCAGGGACGUACUUAUUUAUUCACUGGUAAACUUUUAAAGGGAACAAAGACUUUUUGUGCAGUCACUACUGAAGCUGCUCAUUCUGUUAUAUGCUCGUAUUUUAAGGUUCAGUACAUGCACUGGAUUGUAAUGUGUUUUAGAGGGCCGACGGGUGUUUUCUUUGGCUCAGAAAAGGCUCUGUUUCCUGUUGUGUCCCGCCUCAGGAGUGUUUUUAAUAGUAGCUCAGUUUUGUUCCUUCCUGUUCUUGUUGAGCUUUUUUUUUUUUUUUUUUUUUUUAACCAGAAAAAAAUGUCCUCCACAGUGAUGUAAAUACUCAAAUAUUUGAGGUUUUUGUAGCCAUUUCAACUCUUAAGUAUUUAAGAAACCUUGUGAAGCUGUUAAAACAGACUGCAGUAGUAUUAAACAGUAUUAAAAUAAAGGAUUGGUUAACACUUGUACCCUACAGCAUGGAGGAGGAACAAGAGGGAAAAAAGCAUGGGGGCACUUCUCUUCUCCUCACAUCUGUUUUUAAAUCUGACAGGGCUUAAAAUGUGAACAAUAAAGAAAAUGUUUUUGUCAAACAC